AUGGUUCUUAGCUUUCAGCAGCAGCUAGCAAAAUGCACUGGGCGUCUGCCAGCGCCCAGUGCAAAUGCUGACUCUGGGGAUUCAGAUUCCCUGAAUACUAAUACAAAUGAUUCGUCUUUUUAUAAUUUUCUUUCUUUGUAUAAAAAUAAAAAUCAGUACAAAAAAGUAUAUAAUAUAAUUGUAUAUUUGUCAUAUAUUUUCCUAAGGUUUGUAACCUGGCAAUAUAGUCUUCAAAUUGGUUUUGAUGUCAAAAUAAAUUCUUUAAUUAAAUUGAGCUCUUUUUUAUUUAAAGCUGUCUUUUGGGGAGAUAUUGCCUUAGAUGAUGAAGACUUAAAAAUCUUUCAAAUUGACAGGACAAUUGACCUUACGCAGCACUCCAAUGAAAGACUUGGCCAUAACACAGGUGGCUUUGGAGAGCAUGGGAUGUCAAAAAAGCGAGGUGCCCUCUAUCAGCUUAUAGAAAGGAUAAGAAGAUUUGGCUCUGGCUUUGAGCAAAAUAAUACUUCUAAAGGAAGAACCACAGUAAAAUUCUCAGGGAAAAAUGAGAAGAACAGAUUUCCCAGAGCUGCUACAUCGCGAACAGAAAGAAUAUGGCCAGGGGGUGUCAUUCCAUACGUAAUAGGUGGAAAUUUCACUGGCACGCAGCGCGCCAUGUUCAAACAGGCUAUGCGACACUGGGAAAAGUACACGUGUGUUACAUUUAUUGAAAGAAGUGAUGAAGAAAGUUAUAUCGUAUUUACAUACCGACCUUGUGGGUGCUGUUCUUAUGUGGGUCGAAGGGGAAAUGGUCCUCAAGCUAUAUCUAUUGGCAAGAACUGUGAUAAAUUUGGCAUAGUUGUCCAUGAACUGGGUCAUGUGAUAGGUUUUUGGCAUGAACAUACACGACCAGACCGAGAUGACCAUGUCACCAUCAUUAGAGAAAACAUCCAACCAGGUCAGGAAUACAACUUCUUAAAGAUGGAGCCUGGAGAGGUGAAUUCCCUUGGGGAGCCAUAUGACUUUGACAGCAUCAUGCACUAUGCCAGGAACACCUUCUCAAGGGGCAUGUUUCUGGAUACCAUUCUCCCUUCCCGUGAUGAUAAUGGUAUACGACCUGCCAUUGGCCAGCGUACCCGUCUAAGUAAAGGAGAUAUUGCACAGGCAAGAAAGCUGUAUAGAUGUCCAGCCUGUGGAGAAACACUGCAGGAAUCUACAGGCAACUUUUCUUCUCCAGGAUUUCCAAACGGUUAUCCUUCCUACACACACUGCAUAUGGCGAAUCUCUGUGACCCCAGGGGAAAAGAUUGUCUUAAACUUCACCACGAUGGACCUGUACAAAAGCAGUCUCUGUUGGUACGACUAUAUUGAAGUAAGAGAUGGCUACUGGAGAAAAUCACCUCUGCUUGGCAGGUUUUGUGGUGACAAACUGCCAGAAGUCCUCGCGUCCUCUGACAGCAGGAUGUGGAUUGAAUUCCGUAGCAGCAGCAACUGGGUUGGAAAAGGCUUUGCAGCAGUUUAUGAAGCGAUCUGUGGAGGUGAAAUCCACAAAAACGAAGGCCAGAUCCAGUCUCCCAAUUACCCUGAUGACUACAGACCGAUGAAGGAAUGCGUGUGGAAAAUAACAGUGUCUGAAAACUACAAUGUAGGAUUAACCUUUCAAGCAUUUGAGAUUGAAAGACAUGACAACUGUGCAUAUGACUACUUGGAAAUUCGAGAUGGAGUGAAUGAAAACAGUCCUUUGAUUGGUCACUUCUGUGGUUAUGACAAGCCAGAAGACAUUAGAUCUACCUCUAAUACUCUGUGGAUGAAGUUUGUUUCUGAUGGAACAGUUAACAAAGCAGGAUUUGCAGCUAACUUUUUUAAAGAGGAAGAUGAAUGUGCCAAACCUGACAAUGGAGGCUGUGAGCAGCGCUGUGUUAACACUCUGGGCAGUUACCAGUGCGCCUGUGAUCCUGGCUAUGAACUCGGUCCCGACAAAAAGAGCUGUGAAGCUGCUUGUGGAGGACUUCUGACAAAGCUAAAUGGGACUAUAACCACACCAGGGUGGCCCAAAGAAUAUCCUCCAAACAAAAACUGUGUGUGGCAGGUGGUUGCCCCAACGCAGUACCGAAUUUCAAUGAAGUUUGAGUUUUUUGAGUUAGAAGGCAAUGAAGUGUGCAAAUAUGAUUACGUGGAGAUUCGCAGUGGCCUUUCUUCUGAUUCUAAACUACAUGGUAAAUUCUGCGGUACGGAAGUGCCUGAAGUUAUCACCUCACAGUACAACAACAUGCGAAUUGAGUUCAGGUCUGACAAUACCGUGUCAAAAAAAGGCUUCAAGGCACACUUCUUUUCAGACAAGAAAACUACCUGCAAAGAGAAAAUUUUUGUUUUCGAAUCUUGCAAGGACUUGAUACAGGUCCCUUCAGGCCGAGUACGUAUUAUUCACAGACUGGUGGCCUCUGAGGGUCUCAGAGACAAGGAUGAAUGUUCAAAGGACAAUGGUGGUUGCCAGCACGAGUGCAUCAACACGGUAGGAAGCUAUGUUUGCCAGUGCCGGAAUGGAUUCGUGCUACAUGAAAACAAGCAUGACUGCAAGGAGGCUGAGUGUGAACAGAAGAUCCACAGUCCCAAUGGCAUCAUUACGAGUCCCAACUGGCCCGACAAGUAUCCCAGCAGAAAGGAGUGCACCUGGGAAAUCAGUGCCACACCUGGGCAGAGGGUCAAAUUGACUUUCAAUGAAUUUGAGAUAGAACAACAUCAGGAAUGUGCCUAUGACCACUUGGAAGUGUUUGAUGGUGAAAGUGAAAAAUCACCAAUUCUGGGACGUUUAUGUGGCAGUAAGAUACCGGAGCCUCUCAUUGCUACUGGAAACAAAAUGUUUCUCCGCUUUAUUUCUGAUGCAUCAGUUCAAAGGAAAGGCUUCCAAGCAACACACUCUACAGAGUGUGGUGGUCGGUUGAAAGCUGAAACCAAGCCCAAAGAUCUGUACUCGCAUGCUCAGUUUGGUGAUAACAACUAUCCGGUUCAGGCAGACUGUGACUGGCUCCUGGUGGCAGAGCGUGGUUAUCGAGUUGAAUUAAUGUUCCAGACUUUUGAGGUUGAAGAAGAGGCAGACUGUGGUUAUGAUUAUAUGGAGCUCUUUGAUGGUCAUGAUAAGACAGCUAUGAGGCUUGGUCGAUUUUGUGGUUCUGGGGUAAGUAACCAAGUACUAAAGCUUUUCUUUUUUAUUUCCACAGUAAGUAAUAGAAAGAAGGAAAAGGCAUAGGAAGGAAAAGGAUAA